AUAGUACGGCCAACACACGAUUUUUUUUUAAUUUUUUUUGUUCCACUAAAUCUGGCACUUAGCUCCACCAAAUCCGAACAGAAUCCAACUCCGCAAUUUACAAUAAUAUUCCCACAACUCCACGUUGGAGAAUUUGGAAUCAACUUCAUAGAAAAUAGAGAGUUAGAGAGGGGAGAGUUUCUUCAAGUGUAGCAUAAGAGAUUAGAGAAGAAAGAACUUCGGCGCCGUGUGAACGACAGCAACGAGCUUGUUCAGUUUGGAGAUAGAAGAGAUGACGAUGGAGUGGUCCACGGGCUCAGCGAAGGCGGAUAACAGCCAGUGAAUACGGAGCCGAUGGCUGUCCGGUUCGGCAACAGCUGCCGCGACUCACGGCGGCACUACGAUGCGAGAGAACAGAGAGAGAGCGCGGUCUCAACACAAGCACACACACUCAAUUCAAUGAAUUAGAUAAGAGCAGCGGUGGAGCAAGCGUUAUGGCGCUGAGACAGAAAUUGAGGUGCAAGGGAUGGAGAGUAGACACGGUUUAGAACCGCGACUUCGAUGUCGUAGCGUGACGGGCCGAACAACGGUGGACAACAGAUUUAAUGCUGGAGAAUUACACCGAGGCAGUGACAGCCGCGGCAGCGCUGGAUGAUCAGCGACUUCGGUGGAUGGCGAUGGCGGCGUGGUUUCGAGCGGAUCAGAGCAGCGACGGAGAGGCAGAGGCAUCGUGCUGAUUUUGGGAAAGAUAGAGGGAUUGAGAGAAAGAAAUUUGGAAUUCGCAAUUUGGAAUUCUUCUGAUUGUGAGAUGAGAGGGAGACAUUGUGGUUCCAUAACUUGAGAAGAAAGAGACGAUGAAUGAUGGCAAGGCUUUUUCUCGCUUAAAUGAAUAAGCUUUACAGACAGUGUUGCCGCUGGACUGUGGUGAUAGCGGAGUUCGCAAGUUGGCAACAUCAGCGGCAAUGAUCGACGGGGGAGAAACUUUCCGGAUCGAAUGGCGACGGGCGGCAGCGAGGCAUUGUCGCACGCAGGCGACGCAGUUGCUCUUCGUCGGGAGGAAGACAGAGCGAAAUCGUUUGAGAUAGAGGAUCGAGCAGCACCGGUGGCGGGAAUGAAAGUGCAGGCAGCAACGCUGCCACAUAACAGACGGACGGCUCUGCAGAGCCGGGAUAGGUCUCCGAGAAUGAAUCGUGGAGGAGGAAAAAAAAGGAGGGAGAGAAGAAACCAAAUGUUGAGAAUGAAGAAAGAAUUAGGCACUGGAGUUCUCUGAUUUUGUGAACAAAUUUUGGAGAGAGAGAGAGAGUAGGUGACGGAUGGGGGAAAGAGAAAGAAAGAAGUGAUGGAUGACUGAGCAAGGAAUUGGGCAAUCUUUUUCAAAUCUCGUUUUUGGAAGUAAACGUAAUGAGAAUAAGAGAGGAGUGUGGCGCUUGCUUACAUGCGUUGAACUAGAAUUUGUAAACAAGAAUGACGAGAGCUCGGAUGGAGUCAAUAGAAGGAUGAAUAUGACGUGUGCUAAAGUCAUCGAAAAUUUAGAAAUUCCUAAAAGGGAUCGAAGGGUUGAUUUUUGCAUGCUAUUUGAGAUCGGAAUGGAAAGACGAAUUGCGGAUUUUAAGCGAACGAGGUUGAGCGGUGACGAGCGGUGGGUGUUGAGCAUAAAAGUGAAGAAUGUCUUUUAAAUGUUCAGAAUAUGUUAUGUCUUCAUACAUAACAUUAUUCUACUCUCGAAUGCUUCCGCUAAAAGUUGUUAUUUUGAUUUCAUGUAUUGUUGAGAUAGUAAUCCCUUUGAGUUGUCAAUUGUUGAGAUGAUACUCUGAUUUUUAUUCGAGCUAUUACCAUUUGUUUCGAGCUA